UAUAAAAGGAAGCUUUCAUCAUAGUUUAAGCAUCAGUUGAUUUUCGAAUUCUCAAACUAGAAGAAAUAAAUACUUAAGAAAAAAAUGUCAGCAUUAAAAAUUAUUGUUCUCUGUGCAAUUAUUUCCGUAGCUAUGAGUAGUUCUAUUCCUGAACAAAAAGUUGAACGAAAACCAAAACCUCUAAUUCAAAUUCCAUUGGGUGGCUUUGAAGUCCUUCAAAGGAAAACUCGUUCACCUGAUGAUGAGCCCAAGAGAACAGUUGAAGCACGCGGCGAACACCAUGACCGUCACGGGACAAGUGCAAGUGUAACCUACACCCAUCCAGUUGGUCCAAACAUGGAUGUUUAUGGUGGAGUUUCUAGAAACUUCAAAUAUAACGAUAAUAGUGGUCAUGUUGGUGUCAGAUAUAAGUUUUAGAAAUCUAACUUAACUUAAACAUAAACCAUCUUAAAAUUUAUUAUUCUUAAGAUAA